AGUUCUGUGUCUUUUUCAACCAAAUUCUUCACUUUCUCCUUGAUUUUAUCGCUCAGAAUCAUGGACGAAAUCAAAAACAAGAUCAAAAAUGUCAUGAACAAACCGAUCUUGACGAAACAAGUCAAAGUACCAGAAAUGGGAUUUUCGGAGUAUUUUAUUCAACAUACGUCGCUUGUACCUGAGACUUACAGCAGCACAAAAAAGAAAGUCUGUGAUGCGGAUGACAGUUUAGAUGGCAGCGAUCCGUCAUUAGCGAAGCACAAACUGCCCGACGAGGAGAUUCUGGAGUCAAUUGAGGCAGUUUAUUACGAAGAAGACACGGAAGCUGGCUUGUAUGAGCUCAAGAGGCUCACAGAGGACGGGAAUGAAUUCAACCUUGAGACUAUCGAUCGUAACAUGAAAGUUCUGAGGCAGCAGCAAAAAGUGAUAUCAAAAAAAGUCUUGCAGCUGAUUUUGGAUCAAAGGACUGCUUGCACCUCAGAAUUCCAAGAUAUCGACGAGACGCAGAAAAAACUGCAGGAAAGUGUUUGGACGUGUCAAAAAGCUCGUUCUUACUUGAAUUACGCGAAACAGCAGCUCACGACAAGUAGUUUGGAGAUCCUUGCGGCAUACAGAAAACGUGAAAUUAUCCUAAAUUUGCUGCAAACCCUGCGAACGUUGAAACAAAUCAAGAUGGCGGAUCAGACAUUCCAGCAACUCAUUUCGCGAGGCGAAUAUUCCGCCGCCAUCAAGUGCCUUCUCGACACGAAAUCGCAAACGGAGAAGUACAAGCAGUACCAUUGCAUCGAAUCGUUCACGCAAAAAAUCCAAGACACCCUAAUCAUGACAGAAGUGCAACUCGACGAAGUACUUAACAGCUUAACGAGCGAAUUUGACGCCAAAAAAUACACAAAAUUGCAAGAAGCUUUCAUGUUGCUCGGCAAGGCGCCCAUUGCCAUGGAUCAGCUUCACAUGAACUUCAUUUCGUCGAUUCAUUCGACAGCGUUUUCCGUACUUAAGGGAUAUAUUGCAACAACUCCGGGCUCUGCGAGCUCUCCCGGGACGCCGCAACAUAAACUCCUGUUCGAGCAAUUGUGCGAAAAUAUUCCUGCCGAACGUUACAUCGAUUGUCUCAUUAAUCUCUGUAAAAGUUUUUGGAAAAUUCUCGUGUGUUAUCAUCAAAUUGUGUUAUGGCAUCAACAUAAUCCACUGACAGCAGUGCACGAAGUUGCCGAAACGGAAAUUUCGCAUGACGAGUAUGUGCAUCAAAAACUCAAAAAAGGUCAAUUUCGGAUAUGGAACGAUAUUCAGGCGAAAAUUUGUUUGUACAUUAACAGUAGUCGGUUGCAUCAGCUGAAAUAUGAGCAUUUUAUACAAGCGUUGUCUAUUAUGCAACGCCUCAAAAAAGUUGGUUUAGAAUUCUGUGACGAGCCAUCCGAGAAACUGAUGGAAACAAUUCGUACCCAAAGUGUCGAAUUCUUCCAACGCUAUCACCGAAGUUGCCUCGAGGAGAUUGCCCUCUUCGUCGAUCACGAAGCAUGGGUUCAAAUCACAUCCUUCGUCAGCGUAACUCAAUUACAAGAAUAUAAAACUGUCAAAAGAGCUCUUCAACGAUACAAAACGAACAACGUAAAGGACGAAAAUCGAAUCUUACCACUUUUGACGAAUGGAAACGGAAAUGGAAAUAACAACAACAACAAACUCAGUGAUAAUGACUCCGUUUCUGUGCACGAUGCGGAUGAACAGAGCUCGAUUUAUGGCUCGUGUGGCUAUUUUCUGCGAUUCAGUGAGAAAAGUUCACCUUUUGAUGGAGGUUUCGACGAAGCAAUGUUAGAAGAGGACAUUUUAGCGGGAAUUGCGGAUGAAAGUAGCUGUUAUUAUUCGGAGGACAGUGAUGAUUGUGGCGAUGUAAGUGACGAAAAGAAUGGAAACGAGUCGCAAUUGAUUAUUAAUAACACUUCUUUGACGGUACUUCGAUGCAUUGGCAGAUAUCUCCAAAUGUGUCGAUUACUCUACUCAAUUUCGCCCCAAAUUGUUCUUUGCAUGACUGAACUAAUUGAUUAUUUUAUGUGUGCUGUACAUGAAAUGUUCACAAAAGAUCUUAACGUACCCGGAGAGAAUCUCUAUUCACCCUUGUUAGCGAAGAAUCUCAACAGAAUCCUCGACGAAAUUAUUCCAAAAGUCAAAAAAUGGCCUCCGAGCUUUGGUAUGAUCGAACAUGACAUCGUGGAUCCCGAAACAGUUUAUGGUUUGGCAAAAAGAGCGAUCGCUGUUGAAAGUUGCAUUUGUUUACUCGAACAAUUCCAACAACUUCGAGGAUAUUUGGAUCACUUAAUGGCAGCUGCAGCUUCCGAUGAACGUCAAACCUUGGAUGAAUACUUCACGAAUGCCGAAAAAUACGCUCGAGACUUGAGAAAACCAGUUUACAUGUGUUCCAUGGCGCGCGUUGUCGAUCUUCAAGCAGUCCUACAAGCAAUGUCAAAGGUCAAAUGGGACAUCAACCAAAUCAGUUCCGUGCACAGUUCGUACAUCGACACAAUUCAUCGUGCUGUUCAAACUUUCGCGAUGCGUUUGGAGCAAAUUACGACAAUGGCGCCGCUUCCACGCGAAGCUUUAUGGGACUCGUUGGCGCAUAUUUUGACCCAUACACUCGUCGAAGGUUUCUCAAAUGCCAAAAAAUGCUCGACUGGAGGACGUGCUCUCAUGCAACUCGAUUUCACGCAUUUCUUAUCGCUGUUUGACUUGAUUUCCGGCAAAAAAUUUCCUGAACACACGGCGUUCGUGGAACAAUAUGUGAAAGCAUAUUACCUACCAAAAGACCUUCUCGAAGAAUUUAUCGCGACUCAAACGAAUUACUCGUCGAAGCAAAUGACGGGACUCAUAAAUUGCGCAUGUAGCAAUGACAAAAAGACACGACAAAAGUUGCUGGCAAUGAUCGAAAAAGACAACAAAAAUGGAAGCAAAGAAAAUAUUUUAACGUAGUCGAAGACAGUAUUAGUUUCCCUUCCAAACGAAUUUUUUGACUAACAUACUAAUCUCGAAAUGUAAUCUCAUUCCCUUUACUUAAAAAAAAAACAAAAUUUCCCUUGUACCUUAAUUAUACAUAUUCACCUAAUCUCAAUUAUUGUUUGAAAUUAUUAAUUUUAUCCUUAGGUUUAAAUUGAAGAUUUUUUUUUUUUUGUUAUAAAUUUAGGAAAAGCGAAGAGAUCCUUAAUAUAUGAUGUUAACAUUUAAAUGAAUAAUAAACAA